AUGGGUUCCGUUGCUCAGAAGCCCGGUACUUUCCUCUUCACCUCCGAGUCCGUCGGAGAGGGUCACCCUGAUAAGAUUGCUGACCAGGUUUCCGAUGCCGUUCUCGAUGCCUGCUUGGCUGAGGACCCCCUCUCCAAGGUCGCUUGUGAGACUGCUACCAAGACUGGUAUGAUCAUGGUCUUCGGUGAGAUCACCACCAAGGCUCAACUCGACUACCAGAAGGUUAUCCGUAACGCUAUCAAGGAUAUCGGUUACGAUGCCUCUGAGAAGGGUUUCGACUACAAGACUUGCAACGUCUUGGUUGCCAUUGAGCAACAGUCUCCCGAUAUUGCUCAGGGUCUUCACUACGAUGAGGCUCUUGAGAAGCUCGGUGCCGGUGACCAGGGUAUCAUGUUUGGUUAUGCUACCGAUGAGACCCCUGAGCUUCUGCCCCUUACCAUCCUGCUCGCUCACAAGCUGAACGCUGCCAUGACCGCUGCCCGUAACAACGGUUCCAUCCCCUGGUUGCUCCCCGAUACCAAGACCCAGGUCACCAUUGAAUACGCUCACGACAACGGUGCCGUCAAGCCCCUGCGUGUUGACACCGUCGUUAUCUCUGCCCAGCACACUGAUGAUCUCUCCACCGAGGAGAUCCGUGCCGCUCUCAAGGAGAAGAUCGUCAAGCAGGUUAUCCCCGCCGAGCUUCUGGAUGACCGCACUGUCUACCACUUGCAGCCCUCUGGCCGUUUCGUCAUCGGUGGUCCCCAGGGUGACGCCGGUCUGACUGGCCGUAAGAUCAUUGUCGACACCUACGGUGGUUGGGGUGCCCACGGUGGUGGUGCUUUCUCCGGAAAGGACUACUCCAAGGUCGACCGUUCCGCUGCCUACGUUGCCCGCUGGAUCGCCAAGUCUCUGGUUCACUCCAAGCUGGCUCGCCGUGCCCUCGUUCAGCUCUCAUACGCCAUCGGUGUCGCUGAGCCCCUCUCUAUCUUCGUUGAGAGCUACGGUACUUCCUCUAAGACCUCCGACGAGCUGGUUGAGAUCAUCCGCAACAACUUCGAUCUCCGCCCCGGUGUCAUUGUCCGUGACCUGGAUCUGGCCAAGCCCAUCUAUAUCCAGACUGCCAAGAACGGUCACUUCACCAACCAGAGCUUCUCCUGGGAGCAGCCCAAGACUCUGAAGUACUAA